UUAAUCUUCCUUCAAUCUCACACACUCUCUAUAUAUAACCUUCAACAUCAAGCUUUUUCAUUAUUUUUAUUACCUCUUGUUUGGACAACAAGGGGAAAAAAACAAAAACAGAAAGAAACCUUCAACCAACAACACAUAUUCUUCUUCUUCUUUCUUCUUCUAAUUGUUAUUCUGAUUCCCAAUUUCAGUGACCUAGAUUUUCUCUCUCUUCAUCAUCUUCCAUCGCCUAUCAAAUUAGGGUUCCUUCUUCUUUCUUCUUCCAAUUUCCAUGGACUCCGAGGAUGAUAUGCACGAUGCCAACGACGUUGAGUCUUUCGACGACGAUUUCUACAGUGGCGACGCGGAGGAAGCUCCCUUGGACUACUACAGCGACUACGAUGACGACGCCGAUGAUUACUUCGACGAUUCCGAUAGGAUUGAGUCUCGUUGCCCUGAGCACAAUUUUACCAUCUUGAAGGAAUCAGAUAUUCAGCUAAGGCAGGAAGAGGAUAUCAAUAGAGUAGCAGGGGUUCUUUCCAUAUCAAGAGUUGCUGCAAGCAUACUACUUCGUCACUACAACUGGAGCGUCAGUAAAGUGCAUGAUGCUUGGUUUGCUGAUGAAGAGGGAGUUAGGAAAGCAGUUGGCUUGUUAGAGAAGCCAGUUGUAGAGUAUCCUAAUGCUAGAGAGCUUACAUGUGGCAUCUGUUUUGAAAACUAUCCUCGUGCUAGGAUUGAAGUGGCUUCUUGUGGUCAUCCCUACUGUUUCUCAUGCUGGGAAGGAUAUAUUACCACAUCCAUUAAUGAUGGUCCUGGGUGUUUGAUGCUGAGAUGUCCCGAUCCCACUUGUAGUGCGGCUGUUGGUCAAGAUAUGAUUGAUCUAUUAGCAUCCAAUGAAGAUAAACAAAAGUAUGCCCGUUACCUUCGUAGAUCUUAUAUUGAAGACAAUAAGAAGUCAAAGUGGUGUCCUGCUCCUGGAUGUGAAUAUGCAGUUACUUUUGAUGCUGGUAGCGGAAAUUAUGAUGUCUCUUGCCUCUGUUCAUAUGGCUUUUGUUGGAAUUGCACCGAGGAGGCUCAUCGUCCAGUGGACUGUGGCACCGUAGCAAAGUGGAUUUUGAAAAACAGUGCAGAGUCCGAAAACAUGAACUGGAUACUUGCUAACUCAAAGCCAUGUCCCAAGUGCAAGCGACCGAUUGAAAAAAAUCAAGGAUGCAUGCACAUGACAUGCACUCCUCCAUGUAAAUAUGAAUUUUGCUGGCUAUGCCUUGGUGCAUGGUCAGACCAUGGUGAAAGAACUGGUGGUUUUUAUGCUUGCAAUCGUUAUGAAGUAGCUAGGCAAGAGGGAGUGUAUGAUGAUUCUGAACGAAGAAGAGAUAUGGCAAAGAAUUCAUUGGAGAGAUACACACAUUAUUAUGAGCGGUGGGCCAGCAACCAAACUUCAAGGCAAAAAGCUCUUUCAGAUCUACAGCAGAUGCAUACUGUUCAUAUUGAGAAGCUUAGUGACACACAGUGCCAACCUGAGUCACAGCUUAAGUUCAUAACUGAGGCCUGGCUGCAGAUAGUCGAGUGUAGACGAGUGCUGAAAUGGACAUAUGCAUAUGGGUAUUAUUUACAUGAAGAAGAGCGUGCCAAAAAACAGUUCUUUGAGUAUUUGCAAGGUGAAGCAGAAUCUGGUCUGGAGAGGCUUCAUCAAUGUGCUGAAAAAGAACUACAGCCAUUCCUCAGUGCUGAUGAUGGCCCAUCUAGAGAAUUCAAUGACUUUCGUACAAAGCUAGCUGGCUUGACUAGUGUGACUAAAAACUACUUUGAGAAUUUAGUGAGGGCAUUAGAGAAUGGUCUAUCUGAUGUGGACAGUGAUGGAGCUGCGUUCAGCAAGGCAACGAGCUCAAGAAAUGCGGCAGGGAGCAGCAAGGGGAAAGCCGGAAGAGGAAAGGGAACUUUUCGAACCAGCAGCAUGUCCAGCAGAACGACUGAUGAUAGUCAUUGGAGUUGCGAGGUUUGUACCUUUGCAAAUGUCAAAUCUUCCACUGCAUGCCAGAUUUGCAAUCAACCGCGUUGGUGAAAAUUUGGGUUCUCCUUUUCAAAACCCUUGCUUCCUGCCGGCCUAAGGUCCACUGCAGCACAAGCUGGAGUUAUCCCUCCUACUGUCUUGUUUAUACACUGGCUCCACUUAAUGAGGCUGUAAGUUUGUGAACAGGAUGAAAGGUGUAAGCAUAGAAAUAAGGUUUCCCUCCUUGCACUCUUACUAUUCAAUACAACCCAAUUUGAUGUAUAUAGUGUUGUGUCUUAAUGUUUAAAUAUGGGGUUUCUGUUACAGGCUUUUGUAACUGGAUAUAUCAUAACACAACAGAUGCUGUAGAUGAACACAAAUAUGCUUGUUUGUAACCUUAUUUCUUUCAGUUGAUGGUAGCUUUUCUGAGAUACAUAGGGAUGGUCGUGUGUAACUGUAAACUAUAAGCUCAGGGUUCGGUUACUUUUUAAGAAAUCUUGAAGUAAAUGAGAUAAAGGCCAUACCAUAUCAUUUCAUAUUA